ACUGUAAACAUCCUGCAGAUUUUAAAAGGACAGCGCUGAGCGGGAGGAAGGCGGCUGGCGCCAUCUUGGCUGUUUUAAUGAGUACAACAGGGAAGAAACUACGGGGAGAAAUAACAUAAUCUUUGGGGUUUCGCUCAAACGGGGGUGCCACUGGUAACAUAGCCCCCAGUGAGGGAGUGAGUCAGGACAACCAGGGCAAUGUUUUACGCCCACUUUGUCCUCAGUAAGCGUGGGCCGCUGGCCAAGAUCUGGCUGGCGGCCCAUUGGGACAAGAAGUUGACCAAGGCUCAUGUGUUUGAAUGCAACCUUGAAAGCAGUGUGGAGAGCAUCAUAUCUCCCAAGGUGAAAAUGGCUUUGCGUACCUCCGGUCACCUACUCCUUGGAGUAGUGAGAAUCUACCACAGAAAGGCCAAAUACCUGCUGGCUGAUUGUAAUGAAGCCUUUAUCAAGAUCAAAAUGGCUUUCAGACCAGGUGUUGUGGAUUUGCCUGAGGAAAACCGAGAAGCAGCUUAUAAUGCCAUCACUUUGCCUGAGGAGUUUCAUGACUUCGACCAACCUCUUCCUGAUCUUGAUGACAUAGAUGUGGCCCAACAGUUCACUCUGAACCAGAGUAGAGUGGAAGAAAUCACAAUGAGGGAAGACGUUGGCAACCUCAGUCUCCUGCAAGACAAUGACUUUGCCGACUUUGGAAUGGAUGACAGAGAGAUGAUGCGGGAUGCCAGUACUUUUGAGGAGGACAUCAUGCAUGGUUCCACAGCCCCCAACCUGCUUUUAGAAGCAGAGCCUGGGCCUGCUAAUCUCCCUGAAAAGUCCAACCAUAUGGAGUAUGAUGACUUUGGUGAUGCCUCUAUGGGCAACAGUGAUGGUGGUAUGCUAGUUGAUAAGCUGUUGAGCCCUGAAGGUGGUAUCUUUGAUGACCCGCCAGUCAUCAGAGACAGUGUCAUGAUGCCCUCAGACCAUGGAGACGAUGAAGAUGACUUUGAUAACCUUCAGUCACCUGGUCCGGACAGUCCAGACUCAGGCCCAGCAGAGCCUCUUCCAACUAUGGCAGAUCAGACAGAACAGACCACUUUGGUUCAUAAUGAGGAGGAAGCUUUUGCAUUGGAGCCUAUUGACAUCACAGUGAAGGAAACCAAGGCCAAGCGUAAGAGAAAGCUGAUUGUGGACAGUGUGAAGGAGUUGGACAGUAAAACCAUCAGGGCUCAGUUAUCUGACUAUUCAGACAUCGUCACCACUCUGGACCUCGCUCCUCCCACUAAGAAACUUAUGAUGUGGAAGGAAACUGGAGGAGUGGAAAAACUCUUCUCUCUCCCUGCUCAGCCUCUCUGGAAUGGCAGGUUGCUGAAGAUGUUCACACGCUGCCUGACUCCUCUGGUGCCAGAUGAGUUGAGGAAGAGGAGGAAGGGUGGUGAAGCGGAUAGUUUGGAUGAGAUCCUUAAAGAACUGGAGAAUCCAGAGGUGCCUAGGGAGGAGAUGAUGGGUCAGCACAGAGAUGUUAUUGACCAAACUAUCACUGAGGAGACCAGCAUGCUGGGCCACUCUGCAAUGGAGGGCAGCAGGACAACCCUUGAUGAGACCGUUAUGCCUCCUCCUUCAACUCCCCGCGGAGUUAAACGCAAGUCCCUUGAAAAGGAUGCACUGCCAAUGGGCCCCUUGGACCAGACACAGCCUGAUCGCUCUGUCAUGUCCCAGAGGUUAGACAUACCACAGGUGGAUCUUCCCCCAGAGGAGAGCAGUGUCAACCUCACACAACUCGUCCCUGAGCUCGACCUGCUUGGAGACAAAGGCAAAGACAAGAAGGAUGAUAGUGAUGAAGAGGAGGAUGAAGAAGGCCAAGCCGGAGACCAAGAUCAAGAGGAGAAAAGGUGGAACAAGAGGACCCAACAGAUGCUUCAUGGCCUGCAGCGUGUCAUGGCCAAGACUGGGGCAGAGUCCGUCAGUCUGCUCGACUUGUGCCGAAACAACAACAAAAAACAGGCGGCUGCAAAGUUUUACAGUUUUCUGGUCCUCAAGAAGCAACAAGCCAUCGAGGUGUCCCAAUCUCAGCCCUACAGCGACAUCAUUGCCACUGCUGGACCAAGAUUUCACAUUGUUUAGACAUUGGAAGAACACUCUACUGCAGACAACUGUUUGCCUUUUAUUUUUUUUCCCGUAAGCCCAUUUUGGAAAGUGAUGUAUGUGGGUUAAAAGGGGGGGGCAAGUUUUUACAAAGGAUUUUACUGUAACUACAAGUGGAAUCAUGCAGUAUUCAUGUGGUUCAAAAUAAUAUGAGGAAGAAUGUUUAACAACUAUAUUUAUAAAGCUACUUUCCCAGUCAUUAAGUUUGGCUCUGUUUUCAGUAAAAACUGGCCUCUCAUUCCAAACAUUUUAGCAUUGUCCCUCUUGUAUUAAAAUGUUUUUACGAAAGGCCUUUAUAUUUUCAUGUUGAACUUUGUAUUGACACUGUACAUGUGAUGAUAAAAGGUACUGGUAUAUCUGAAGUGUAUUCCCUCACACCUCCUUGUUGCACUUGUUAUUUCAUGACAAGCAAAGGCGGAUCUGUCAGAAACUUUAAUUUCAUUAGUAUCACAUUAAGAUGUAAAAUUCAGGUGGAUUAUACAAGUUUCAUGUCAUUUUUUUUGUACCUUUGUUGUUUAUGCUUAUUCACCUUUUUGCAUUAUGUAACUAGGUAAUAUACUUGUUACAGUAAGUUCAAUAUCCCACCUUUUUAGUCUUUGGAUAACUACUAGUUGUGAUACAUCUGCAAACAUUUGAAAUAAAGUGUUUUAAGUACUUGUUAUAA